ACCGACAACAAACCUGUCGAAACUUAUCUAAAAGGUUGUUUAUUAGAUAUGGAGGCUGCUUAGAAAAGACAGAAGAUAAGCUCUCUACACUAUGAAACCCGCGUCCAUCUCCAGAACUUCUGGCAGGUACCGCAAGUUGGCCGGCACAUCCAGUGUGGAUGAAGAACUGUUUGACAAACCGAACAACAGCGAAUCAAUGGGAGAACCAACCAAGGCGAAGAAAGAGCAAAGGAUCCUCCAGAUCAUCUCCAAAGACUUAAUCCGGACUCUCAGAGUUCCACGGAUAGAACGUAUAGAAGAUACCAUUGCCCUUCCGUCAUCUGGGAUUAGAGGGAUCAUCUCAAAAGCUCGUAUUGGUAUCAAUGAGGAGAGAGUAGCUUUAAAACAAGCUUAUGAUAAAGAAAAGGAGGCAAAAAUGAAAGCUGCUGAAGAGAGAAAGAAUCAACUCUUGGAGAUAGACCAAUCUCAAAAAGAACACCCAGAAUUAACAGAAGUGGAGCAAGAUGCCCUGAAGCGUUCGAAGCGGAUAGUCAAUCGGGCCUACGACCUGCAGAUGGAGGAAGAGCAGGAGAUUAAAUCACUCAAUAAAUUGAUCCUGUGUGCCAAGGCUCAAGCCACAUGGGACGAGCAGCUUGUGGAGAAGAAAGAGAUCAAGGACCUGAUGGACGAAGAGGAGAGACGUCUGGACAUUAUGAUGGAGGUGGAGCGACGCAGAGGUUUAGCGGAUAUGAAGAUGAUAGAGGACCUUCACAAAAAGCAGAGAAUGGAAGGGAAGGACCAGAUUUACGGCCAGAUCCAAGAGCGAAUGGAGGAAAAACUAAAUGAUAACAUGCUGAAAGAGCUUGAGAAAGAACAGGUCCAUAGGGACCAGGAGAGAAUGAACCGGGAAUAUCUCGAGGCCAUGGAGAGGAAGAGGAAGGAGCAGCAGCAACUUCAGGAAGAGAUCAUGCGCAUCAAUGCGGACGUUAUGCGGGCCAAGGAGAAGAGGCUGGAAGAGGAGAAGAUGGCCAAUACCAGAGCUAUGGAUUACCUGAAACAGAAAAUGGAGCGGGAGGAAGAAUUUGAAGCAGAGCAAGAACGAAUCAAGAAGGAGAAAGAGAAGGAGAUAACUCGGCUGAGGGCCCUGCAGCAACGGGCAAAAGAUUACAAGGCUGAGCAGGACGCGAUCCGCGCUAAGAGGAGCCAGGACAUCAGUGACAGAAAAUGGAGGAUGCAGCAGAAAGAGCUGGCUGAAAAGAAAGCCAGAGACGAAGCCAAUCUGAAGGCGUCUCGCCUGGAGCAGGUUAAAAACAAGGAGUACUGCAUGAUGUUGGAGGCCAACCGGGAGAAGGCUGACAUGGAGAGGGUGUUGAAGACUCAAAUGGAACUAAUAGCCAAGGAGAAGGAGGUGGAGCAGAAACAUAAUGAGGAAGCGCAGCGUCACGCAGCGAGCCUUCGCCAGCAGGUGAAGGAACAGGAGCUCCUUGCUGCAGAAAAGCGCAGAGAAAGGCUCAAGGAGGCCGAUCGGAUGUUUGAAGAAGACCGGCAGAGAAAUCUGCGCCUCCUUGAAGUCAAAGAACGAAAACUCCAGGAGCUCAAGGCUACAGGGAUCCCUGAAAAGUAUUGCAUACAGGUGGAACGAAAGUCCCGGAAAAUAAUAACGGAUCCAAGAACUGUGAAGGCCUGAGGCUCAUCCAGUCAUUUCAGAACAAAUAAAGAAUUUUGAUUAUUA